AUGUUCUUCGGGGUACAGUGCCCGCCGGCACCGCCGGACUUUGGCAGACUCGAUGAUGGGCGGGUAGUUGUUCCUGACACAGAAGGGGCAUCAACACAGGACGUGGCGACGGGCCGCGGCCCACUGUACCUGCGCGUGACGGCGCCGCCGAGCUCCGACCGUGCCAAGGGCAAUUUCACGACGAACACGCUCACCAUCUCGUCGGGGAUACUGUGGCACAAUCCACCCCGGCAUAAUAUCUUUGGCGGCGGGGACGGUGGUGGGGCCUCAGAAGCGUGGAAUGCGAUGCAGAAGCUGCUGCCAGCGAGUGCGAGCUUCAGGAACCUGCUCAUGCGGCUCAGCGGGCUAGGAGAGUCGAUCUCGACUCGUGCCAGCACAGGGCGGUCAUCUUCGGGCGCAGCAAGUCGUCCAGGCUCAGCUGGCCUGACGCAGGAGACCCGGUCGUCGUCGACGUUGCUGCUGCUGCUGCUGCCUGCUGUGUCCAACGAAGGUGCAGAAAACUGGCAUUCGCCGAUGCAGAUAGCCAAGGUAGGCAGCAGCGGCAGCAGCGACUGUUCCAACACCGGCAGCGUCCCGACCAGCGCUGACUGGGCCAUAUCGGACAGCGAUAACACACAGACUACGUCGCCAGCGCCGUCUCAGGCUCUUUCAGACUCGUGCCCGUCGUCGACUGACAAUUCCGUUGGGACGGGCACUGGAGACGAUGUCCCGCGCAGGCGCGGAGCUGGCGUGGCACCAGGAAGCGCGCUGCGGGAGUCCUGGAUGGCGAGGAUGGACCGCAGACUGAGAGCGGGAGAAUAA